AUGUCGGCCGUGGAGUGCUCGAGUAUCGCGACACAUGACUUAUCGGAUAAGUCAACAACAAAUGCAUCUAAACGUGGCAAUGGCAAUGUGAACAACAACAAUAGUGCGCGUUCCAGUCGCGUCGGCAGCGCCACAAGCGCCGAAUCCAACUCGACCUGUGUCCUGGCAGAGCAGCGUUUUGGCUGGCAAGGAUUUCGGCCUCAGUGGCUGCAGCGUUUUGCCACCGCCAAGUGGGCCCUAUUCUGGCUAUGCAUUUGUGGAGCCUUGCAAGGUCUGAUUGUUAACGGAUUUAUCAAUGUGGUCAUAUCCACGAUCGAGAGACGUUUCGGAUUGCGUUCGAGGCAGACGGGAUUGGUGGCCAGCGGCUACGAUCUGGCCUCCUUCGCUUGCCUCGUACCAGUUACCUACUUUGGGGGCAAGAAGGGCGCUUCGAAGCCCCUCUUUAUCGGCAUUGGCAUGCUGUUGAUGGGCAUGGGGUCUUUGGUAUUCUCGCUGCCGCAUUUCCUCGUGGGCAGCUAUCGGGCAACCAUAGCCGAAUCGAAUGUGUGUGAGCCAGACAGCAUCCUGAACGGAACGGAGUCGGCCCAGAAUGGAUGCUACGCCGAUGCGGAGGAGGGGGGCGUCUUGAGCGAGAAUUUAACUUGGACUGUGUGGUUCUUUUUUGCGGCACAACUUCUGCAUGGCGCCGGUGCUUCCCCGCUCUUCACGCUCGGCGUCACUUACAUCGAUGAGAAUGUCUCAAAGAAGAUGUCGUCCGUCUACUUGGGAUUCUAUUACACGAUGGCCAUUAUUGGACCCGCCAUUGGCUACGUUCUGGGCGGUCAAUUGUUGCUCAUCUAUACGGAUUUCUUCACCAUGGAUGCGGCCGACUUGAGCCUGACGAGCGAGAGCAAAGUGUGGAUUGGUGCCUGGUGGAUUGGAUUCGUCUUUGCGGCCGUGGCCUGUGUCCUUGUGGCUAUACCCAUAAUUGGCUAUCCCAAGUCGUUGCCUGGCGCUGAGAAACUGCAGUUGGCCAAAGUUUCGGAGGCACAUGCCGCCCAGAGCGUGGAGCGUGGAGAUGGAGCCAAGCGGAGCGGUCGCUUUGGAAAGCUGUUGCAUGAUGUGUGGACGCUUUCGAAAAAUCCCACAUUCGUUUUUCUGAACUUGGCGGGGGCUACAGAGGGUCUGGUAAUCGCCGGAUUUGCCGCCUUUCUGCCCAAACAAAUCGAGAAUCAGUUCAGCAUAUCGCCCGUCAUAUCGGCGCUAGUCAUGGGAGUUAUUUCGGUGCCCGCAGGAGGCGGCGGCACCUUUCUGGGUGGCUAUUUGGUGAAGAAGUGGAAUUUGGCCUGUCGUGGCAUCAUCAGGAUGUGUCUGCUGGCCACAGUGGUGGCCACUUUCUUUACCAGCUGCUUCAUGCUCACGUGUCCCAACAUGGGCUUCGCUGGCGUCACUGUGGACUAUCCGACGACCAAUAGCUUGAACCGUGGAACAGCAAAGCAGCUGCCCAAUUUGGAGGCUGCCUGCAACAGAAAUUGUGGCUGCAUACGCUCCAAUUACGAUCCGGUUUGCGGCGCCAAUGGUGUCAUGUACUAUAGUCCUUGUUUUGCGGGCUGCAGCGAGGAGCAGAGUGCCGGGCAUCUGAUGCACUUCAGCAACUGUAGUUGUGUCGAGGCGGCAGAGAGACCGACAGCCACCAAUGCCAUGUGCGAGUCCAAGUGCCACAAUUUGCCAUAUUUCGUUGCUAUUUGUUUUAUGCUGAUGCUGUUCACGUUUCUGGCCACAAUGCCGGCUCUAUCCGCCACAUUAAGGUGUGUUCAGGACGAGCAGCGUUCCUUUGCUUUGGGCAUACAGUGGAUUAAGGUGCGUCUACUGGGUACCAUACCAGCCCCCCUGAUCUUUGGUGCCCUAAUUGAUGAGUCCUGUGUGCUUUGGCAUGAGUCCUGUGAUAAACAAGCGGGCGGAGCUUGCUUAGUCUACGACAACUUUUACAUUAGCAGAUACAUGUGGAUCCUGGCUCUACUUGGUAAAUUAUGCUCUGUCUUCUUCUUUUUGGGUGCCUGGUGGUUUUAUGUUCCGCCCACUAAAUUUCCGGAUGCCAAGGAGGAGAAUGAAAACUGA